AUGGAUCUACAAGAUGAUGAAAUACAAGAAAAACCUAUAAAAGAAAAAGAAGUAGCGAAAGAAGAGGUAGCAAAACAAGAAGAAUCCCCUCUUCCUCCCGACUUUUUUGAUGAUUCCUCAUUAAAUAAUUCUUCUACAAAAGUUUCUACUACCAUGGAAAUUGAUGAACAAGAAUGGAUCAAUUUUCAAAAAGAAAUUUCAAAAGAAACUCAAGUGAGUAACCAAAUUGCAAAUGCUGAUGACGAAGAAUUACAAAGGGAUAGAGAUGAAAUGCAAGAACGGGAGCAAGAAUUUUGUUUAGCAAGAUUAGAAAAAUUAAAAGAGGUUGCCAAACGUGUGAAAGAGAUUCGUGAUAAUAAUGAGUGGAUGGAUUGGAGAGCACAAAAAAUUUUGUAA